GCGCACUAGAUCUAUCCACCAACAUGGCGCUGGCUAAGUCCGUCUACAAUCUGCUCUUCAGGAGAACGUCCACUUUCGCCAUAACCAUCAUGGUCGGAGCAGUCUUCUUUGAACGACUCUUCGACCAAGGUGGCGACGCGAUUUUUGAGCAAAUGAAUCGUGGGAAACUAUGGAAACACAUUCAACACAAUUACGAGAAGAAAGAGGAAGAAUAGGACACCGCGGGGUUACCCAAGGCUGAAGUGCUACUGUUGUCACACUUCCAUCAUCCAUUCUUCCUGGACCCCAUAACUUUACGACUGAACCUCACACACCAGUCAACAUGGACAGUGUGCUUCAAGUCCACCCCGGUGUGACCUGCGGGGGCUGACGAACUGUCCAGACCACCAUGAAGAAGGAGCGAUGCUUCCUGUCACCACCUUUCUUGCUGUCGUGUGUAAAGCCUUCGUUCUCCCCACAGAUUGUAAAUUGUUAAAUUAAACGUGUUAAUGUCAUACAUAUA